AUGACUCGGGGAAGAAGACCAAAGUCCCUCGACCAUCUGGUGCUGACCGUGCGGUCAAUCUCCACCCCGGUAGCCUUCUACACCUAUCUCGGAAUGCGACACGAGGUCUUCACGUCCCCAAGCAGCCCCAACAUCCAGCGUCACUCUCUCAUCUUUGGAUCGCAGAAGAUCAAUCUCCACGAAUGCGGGAAGGAGUUCGAGCCCAAGGCCCAGAAUGUGAUGCGAGGCAGCGCAGAUCUCUGCUUUUUGACUGAUACCAAGGUCAGUGAGGUGAAGAAGGUUCUCGAAGAAGCUCGGAUCAAUCUGCUAGAGGGUAGAGAGAUCAGCGUGUAUUGUCGCGCUCCGGAUGGCAAUCUGAUUGAGUAG